CUGCUGAUUUAUUGGGGUUCCCAAACCUUAAUUUUGGUGAAGUAGAAGACUAUUCAAAGAAAGCGUCUGGUUGCGACAAUACGAGGAAGGCAUAUAAAUUCUUUGCCGAGCCUGGAUAUCUCCACGAUAUUAAAGUUUCCUAUCCUCCAGGCUUUGCUAAUGUGACUGCCAAGUGUUAUCGUUCCAUGAGAAAGAGCCAGCCACCUCACACCCUUAAUGUCAAUGUCAACCAAGCUACUAAAGAAAUCAAGGCCAAGUGUUCUUGUGUUGCAGGCAUCAGUGGAUAUUGUCAGCAUGUAAUAAGCUUGCUUUUSUACAUGGCACACUGUAAACAGUUAGGACUUAAAUCRCUGYCUGAUGAGUUGACCUGUACAAGUAUGCCACAGCGAUGGAGUGUUCCUCGAGAGAAAGAAAUCACGACCAAAGCCAUACAAGACAUCAUGGUUAAAAAACCUAAGCCARGUGCAAACUACAAUAAGUUUAUCAAGAGCACUUUAUACUCUCCAGCAGAUAUGYAUAGUUUAAUCGGCUGUGAGGUCCUACAAGAUCUAGACCCAAAGCCCCUCAUGGCAACAGUUGUGCCAUUGUCUAGAGAUCUGACUUCUCUACGGUCAGUUCAAACCYGCUUUGGGGCUGCUGCUAAGGGAAGUGUACUUUCCUAUCAGCAAAAAUUGUCUGAAGAAUAUAUUAUCAAUGACUUUUCGUGUACUUCCUUCCUUGAAUUGCCACUCAAAGGCUCUGAAACAAGGAUUGAUAAUAAUUUUUCAGGCUGCUUGAGUUCCACAAAGCAGGCAACACUUGAUUCGUUGCAAAUAUCAAGAGAGGUUGCAAUCAAUCUUGAAAAAAAUACAAUAACUCAGAGUGAUAAUAGUAUAUGGUUUUCAAUGAGAGAGAAAAGAAUUACUGCAAGCAAAUUUGGACGUGCAGCAAAGAGAGUUUCAGGGUUUGAAAAUCUAGUACAACAGCUUAAUCCAAGCCGCAGAGUGGUCACUGCAGAUAUGCRAAGGGGGAUUGAUUUGGAACCCRUAGCUGCUAGUACCUAUGCCAACAGUGCUAAAGAAGGCAUGGUCAACCUGUUUCCUUCUGGGCUUAUUAUUAACCCCAGGUGUCCCUGGUUAGGAUGUACCCCAGAUAGAAAAGUAUUCGACAUUGAAGCCCAAAAUAAUGGUUCUUUGCCCUUUGGACUUCUUGAGGUAAAAGUUGUCAAGGAGGGUUCUACAACCUUUGAUAAUGUGUCUUAACUUAGUAAAGACCCAGUGACUAAUGAAUUAUGUCUUAAGAAGACACACGAUUAUUACUAUCAAGUACAAUCCCAAAUAGCUUUAAGUGGAUUAGAGUGGUGUGAUUUUUUAAGUUAUAUCAAUUCAACUACAUUUCAUUGUGAAAGAAUUUAUUUUGAUAAACAGUUUUUUMAAGCAAGCAAAGACAAA